AUCCUCGUCAUCGUCAGUGAGUUUUUGUCAACAUGUCAGAGCGCAGAGCAACCAUCUUGUCAACGCAGCCGCAGUUCCUCAAUUUGAACAAUCUCGCCUGUGAGAGCGUCGGUGCCAAGCGGGGGUGCUGGAGCCUAUCCCAGCUGCACUUGCCCGGAAGGUGGUGUACACCCUGGACAAGUCCCCACCUCAUCACAGGGCCAACACAGAGAGACAACAUUCACAAUCACAUCCACACUAGUCACCAAACAAUUUAUAAACUUCAUUUGCAAUACAAAAACCAGUUCACAAAUUUAAGUUUAAUAAACUCUAGGUGAGUUUUUACAAUGUGUGUGUGUGUGUGUGUGUGUGUGUGUUCAGGUUAUAUUUGCUACAGAUGAAUGGUUUGCACCAGCUGCUAACCUGCUCAAGCGAGAGCCUCCACAGUUCAAUGCAUCUGCCUUCACCCAAUUUGGGAAGUGGAUGGACGGCUGGGAGACAAGGAGGAAACGGACACCAGGUCACGACUGGUGCCUCAUCCAACUGGGGGUCCCGGGCCUGGUGUACGGUGUGGAUGUGGACACGUCCUACUUCACAGGGAACCACCCACCUCACGUGUCCAUCCAGGGGGCGUGUCUUGAACAAGAUCCCAACCUCAGCCUGGAAGGAGACAGAACCGGCAUGGCCGCCUCCGACAGCCAGCUGGCGUCCGUCGCCAAACUGUGCUCAGAGGCGUGGCCAGAGCUGGUGGGCAUGUCCGAGCUGAAGCCGGGUUACUCGGACUGCUGCCACAACUACCUCCUGGUCCACUUCGCAAACAGAGUAACACACCUGCGCCUUAACCUGUACCCUGAUGGAGGUGUGGCGAGAUUGCGCGUGUUUGGAGUCGGCCAAAGAGAUUGGUUGUCAGUUCCGUCCAAUCAGGACAUCGACCUGCUCUCCAUGGCUAAUGGCGGAGUCUGUCUUGGCUUUAGUAACGCCCACUUUGGUCAUCCACGCAAUAUGAUUGGCAUGGGUCUGGCCUGCAAUAUGGCUGAUGGCUGGGAGACGGCGCGCAGACUGGAUCGACCCAAAAAGCUGCAGGUGGAUCAGCGUGGCAUCCUGCAGCUUCCUGGUUAUGAAUGGGCCGUGUUUCGUCUGGGUCACAGGGGGGUCAUCCAUGCUGUGGAAGUGGACACAGCCCACUUCAGAGGUAAUUUCCCUGACUCCUGCAGGGUGGAGGUGUGCACCUUGACCCCAGAGGAGGAAGCUCAGUGCCUAAGGUCAACCUGGGAUUCUGGAAAAUGGCGCAUCCUGGUUCCACCACAGAAGCUCCGGCCUGAUGACAAGCACAUGUUUAGUGUGGACGACAUGCACUCCCCUGUCACUCACAUCCGCCUGGUCAUUACUCCAGAUGGAGGAGUCAGCCGGGUGCGACUUUGGGGCCAAGUGGUCCCCGUGACAACAGCUCACUCUAAACUCUGAUUUGAUGUUAUGGAGGUCUAUUUGCAACUAUCACUUCCUGUUGAUCUUUCUAAUGAAGUGUCUACAUCAGGGGUGUCAAACUCAUUUUAGCCCAAGGGCCGCAUUGAGGAAAAUCUGUGCACACGUGGGCCGGAAUAUUAAAAAUCAUGACAUUAAAACUAAAAAAUAAAA